UAUUUUGUUGGCUCGUGUGAGCACAAGUGUUAGUGAAAUCGUGUGGCAAAAGUUAAUUUAAAGCUGGAAAAUUUAGCUCAUAGACCGCAAUGGCCCUAUAGAAGCGUUAUAGCGAAAAAGAAACACGCGCUGAUAUCAUUUAAACAAUAUAUUUGAGAAAGAAAAUUUAUUUUCGACCAAAAACAUAGCAUAGCGAGUGCGGACAACGUCAAAAGAAGAAAGCAAAAUGUGAGUUUGAGAGCAAGAUCAGUUCCCUCUCAAUUUGCUGCUGACUUGCGCUCUCUCCUUCUGUUGCCGCUUUGAAUGUGAAUAAAUACAGUUUGUUAUUAUUCGUGCGCUCUCUCUCCCGCCUCUCUGUUCCGUAAGCGCACGACUUUCACGAAAUUGUAAUUGUAAAAAUGUUAUAGAAUUAUAGUUUGCAAGGCGAGCCACCAUAUGCAGUGUGCGUGAAUUAGUGAACGUCUUGAGAACAAAUCGCGUGUGAGGUGUGAGAGUGAGCGGCUCUGGAGUUAGUUCCGCGCUUGUGUGACAUUUAGUAAAUGCAAUUAACAUUGCGAGUGCAAUACUUAAACACCUUGAGUGUGAGUGCAACGUGAGACUCUUAAAAUGGAUGCACAAUUUGAGCACUUGUGUCGUAUAUGUGCGGCCAACACUAAGAGCAAGAACAACUCUGUGGUCGAAAGUGUUUUCAUAUUCAAGACCCAAGGCUUGAAGGAUAAAAUAUCGCGUCAUCUAUACCUAAACGUGGCUGAGGAGGAUCCACUGCCCAAGGUACUCUGCAAAUCCUGCUAUCGCCAAGUGGAGGCCACAUCGUCGCUUUCAAACAUAGCAAAGCACACACAGCUCGUGUUUCGGGACUUUCUACUAAGCACAGUGCCGAAAAAUGACCGUGAAGCAACGGCUGCAAGGCUCGACAUUUCAAUGGAGCAGAGAGCUGACAAAAGAGUGGAAAACCCUUCGGUGACCGAUGAAUUCCGUCCUAUUUUUCUGUCCCGUGCACCUGAGACCACCAUGACUGUAUCUACGCCCCAGGCGGGCCCCAAAGAACAACAUGACGUCGUCGUGGGUGCAAGAUUGAAGGAUAUUCGCAUCGAGCCACGAAGGGAUCGGCCCCUGGCAGCUCCAUCUUCCAGCUACAAUAAUAGAAUGAUCAGCAUAAACACCGGGACAAGCAACAAUACUUUACCAGCGCGGCGCAGCAGCGUUUUUGUUGACACACGUUACGGCUCGGCACCAAUGUCGAUAGCACAGCGAUCGAUGCAGCAUCCUCCAUCCUUGGCGCCACUGCACACUGAAACAAGGACUUUAAAAACAACAAAGCACAGCACGGAACAGAAACAAUCGCCGGCAGGCGUGAUCAACUUUAUUCAGACGCAUGGACGUGUCACGGGCAAUGCGCCUACUUUCAGUAGCAGCAGCAGUAGCACCAAAAAGGACGAUGCAGGACAAAGGGACUCCAACUCCAAUCGUACGGAUAACAGAAAUCUUCAUCCUUCUUCCGUGCUUGCUCCGCCCUCUACCAGCAGCGUCGGCAUGCCAAAUCUACCCAAUAGCGUGCUGCUGCAAAAACGAAGAAAUCUCAAAAAUGCAUUAAACAAUAUAAAAGCCAUAAACAGUGGACAGGUAUCACUGCUGAAAUCGUCCCAAAGUCGACCACCAGUUGAGGACGUUAGACCCGUGGUCACCACUACAGUGGUGCCACACCAAUCCCUGUACGGAUGUGAGCCAUGCGUCGAGGAAGCACUGCCAGAGCACAUUAUAAUAGCGGCACCCAAGAAGAAAAAGGAUGGUGGCCACCACAUGGCUCAAAAGGUGCCAUCCAAACAUAAAAAGAUUGUUUCAAGUCCAACGAAACCAGCGCCCGUCACACUCGACUUAACCUUAACACCCACCGGUCCAAACCAUGCCGUUUCUGGACCAGCUCAAUCGAUACCCAAUGUGAAUAGUCUUACGGAUGCCAUUUCAUUGGGCAGUGUUAUACGGGAUCCUGACUUGUUAAGGCUAAUUCUGAAGGCGCUCAAGUGGCCAGUGUCAGAGGGAAACUGUGAAGAGCAAAUGACGCGUUUAAAGAACUCAAAGUUUGCGGGUAUUAUGUCUGACAACAAUCUCUUGCAGGACACUGAUCUCACCCAGUUGCUGGGCCCGUAUUUGGCUCCCAUGCUGGCGUUGGCUAAGCAACACGAAAAUCAAUCGCCAACAUCCGUAUUCGCAUCCAACUCGAUGGCUAACUCUUCACAGGCGUCAAACGAGGUUAUUAACAUUGCUGACUUAUCGAGCGCAAUGCCAUAUAAGUUACCUCCGGAAACGUCCGUGCAAUUGGUGCCAUCUAGUCCCACGGAGCAGGAACCACCACAACUGAGGCACAUAAAGACAGUCGAAGUGCCCGCUGUGAAGCGUCCACAACGAAAGAUGCGAGCUCGCGAAUUAGUUUCCGGGAAGGCUUCGGCCGCAGCAACGACAUCGAAUGCGGAACGUGUAACCAACGAGCUGCUGAACAUCAAUUCUAUGUUAUUAUCGCAAUUCAGAUCGAAUACAGCCGAUGCGCUAAACGAGGCACUUGUUUCAAUGCUAAAGGAACAACAGGAAUCAAAAGAUCAACAAACUAAAAGUCACCGUCGUCGUAGUGCUUCCAUUAGUAAUCUCAAUUUGGAAGAUAUUGUGCUGGUCGAGCCGCAACCUGACAUACUACUGGACGCUCAAGAUGUUUCUGAUGUAAGUGAUGUAAGCGAGCAACCACAAACAUCGUUCACAGCGGAACUACCUGAAACCAUAGAGCCAGAACACUCGGUAGAACCUUUGGCACCCAUAAAAGGCAAUGAAAACGAUGUUACCACUGAGCCUAGCAUAUUUGAGAAUGCCGAAACUGAUGCAAAUAUCGAUGAGAAAUCGCCAGAGCCUCAAGAAGCAUUUGAAGAGGCACCCACUAGCACCGUUCCGGAAGCCCCAACCAACGACAGUGUCACACCCAACACCCAGGAGCCAGAACCUGAGACAACUGCAGAUGCAGCUACUACAGGUAAUUUAAACGAUAGCGAAGGUGUCGGCAAAACUGGAGCACGCAAAUCGGAUGUCAAGUCUGCACUGGGUCAGAAACUGCUAGAGGCAAUUGGUCUGCCACAGAGUAACGAUGUGCCACCGGAGAGCUCGCGAGAUACACUCCGAAGUGCACUGAAACGUUCGCUGAAAAAGGCCCAGGAGCAACAGCAACAAUUGAAGCGAGUCAAGCAGGAGGAGCCAGUGAAACAAUUUGCAGAUUCAACCACAAAGCCGAGUGCUUCUGAAUCAGCGGAGGAGCACAAGAAGGCGAUAGCUGAGCGAGAGCUGGCGCUGCUGAAACGCAAAUCCAAAGUAUCCGAAGAGAGUAAAGCAACGACAAAAGAUGAAAAAUCUGAGCGAACGGAUGUAAGCUCUUCCUCGUCGCGGAAUCGUCGUAAUCGCAAAUCCAAAACGGACUUAUUGGUGGAAGAUUCGGCGGAUGAGGAAAAGAAACCCGAGCGUUGGGAUGAGGAUGAUGACUUGCCAUUGAAAACGGAAGGGGAGAAAGCCUUAGAAAGGAGCGGCAGCAGUAGCAGCAAUCGCCCCGCACGCACCAGCAAGACUAUGUCCAAGUAUUAUAAGGGACCCAGUGGUGAAAAGCCAUUAACAUCCUCCUCCCUGAAAUCACAACACUCAAUGGGUACACGAUCAACACGGCAACGUUGAGAUGUUUGAAAUUCACGAACGACUCUGCUUACCUUUCACGUAUCAAAUACGACCAUAUAUUUUUGGACAAAUAUAAUAUAUUCUAAGCAGCAUUCUCAUGCAUGAUGAAUGAUCGAUGUGUACAAUGUACACACGCGAAUAUAUAAAAUAUCUUAUAGUUAAGAGCAGUUACUUUUGCAGCUGAAGCUGGAUAACCGCAAUGGUGCGAAAAUAGUUCAACUAUUUGCAAAUUUUUAUGAAUAUAUACUCUGAUUUGGUUUAGUUUCUGCAUCAUUAUAGAGUACAUCUUUAUGAUUUUAAACGUAUAUUUCAACAUCUUAUCCAAAUAAGGAAAUUUCGGUACAUA